ACAAUUUGUUCGUUCAACCCUAAUAAACAGGUUAUCCUGUGACUCGUCGACUCGUACCCCACUAGCGACGUAGCACCAACCCGUCACCCGAAUUUUGACCCAAAAUAACUGAGCCUACUCGAUCAUUGGAUUUUUCAGUGGGUGUUUCUAAUCCCAGGACCAGAUUUGUUUACCGUUCCCCCGUGCUUCCCCACCCAUUGUCGUCACUAUUGGCUCUCUAUAAGUGAUACAUAACCUCCACAAACUCUUCUUUCGACAACCCUUCGCCUGUAAAGAAAACCACCAUGAAGUUUGGAAAGACGUUCUUAUCUCAUCAGAUCCCCGAAUGGUCGAUUUUCUACAUGAACUAUAAGAACUUGAAAAAAAUCAUCAAGAACAUCGACUAUGACUUCAAUCCGUCUGAGAUGGAAAUCAGUGACAUGGUCAAUUCCAUCUUGACCCAGUUCUUCUAUCAGUUGGAUGGGAAUAUCGAAAAGGUUGAUACUUUCUACAGUACCAAAUUUGAUGAGUACAACCGUAGGUUGAACAAGAUCAUCAACUUGUUGAACUUUAGCCAAAACAAGAUCCAUCACCAGAUCGACUCCAACGAUGAGUUGGAUGAAAUCAUCUCGAUUCUCUUGGAGUUGAAGAACUUCUUCAGAAACUUGAAGUGGUUUGGAGAGUUGAACCACAAGGGGUUUGUCAAAAUCUUAAAGAAGUUGGACAAAAAGAUGGUUUCGUUAACCAACUUAUCCAAUACUCACUUGCAGAGCCAACUUGUUAACUUACCAAGCAACAAUAAGGAAGUUUACUUGUCUACUAGAGUUAAUGCUCUACCUUUUGCCAAUGAAAUCGACUUGCACAAGAAUCUUGAUUUGAUUAACAACCUAUUGAACCAGCUUAGUUACCAUGAUUUUGCUUCCAAAACACCUGUUUCAACCACCCAAAGUGUUGCUGCCGUGAAAGACAAAAAGACCAUGGACGCCAUUAACAGCAGUUUCGAUUCCUUGUUCUUGACGAGUUUCAAAGACUUGAUAGCCAGUGACGACCCCAAGGGGUUACUCUCAAAAUUGGAAAGAAUCCCUAAAGAAAAGAAGAAUUUGAAGUUCUUGAUCACUUUGUUGGGUAAAUUGACGAUUCUGAACGCCAUCGGGUGUAUUGAUUUGGUGUUUGGUUUAUUAGACUCGUUUAUCAAAGAGAACAAUUUGUCUACCGACAACUUGUUAUACGACAAGUUUGAUAUCAACGGAAGAAACUUUUUCCAUCUUUUAGUGGUAAGCUAUGGCAAGCAGCAGUUGAGUGAUGCAGAGGAUUCCAGAAAGGCCAGCAUCAACCAAAAAUUGAUCCCAGGAGAAAACAACAACAUCAACAAAUUAUACUUGAGUAACUCUGGUAUUGAUGGAAACAAUUUAAAGCCAAUCAUCUUGAGCGGAUUCGAGUACAUUCUUGAAAAAAUUAGUGCAGGUUCUGGUUUACACAACUUGAAAUUCUUGUUGAACGCUAAAGACAACUACCUUAGAACUCCUUUGCAUUAUGCUUCUCAAUAUGGUAUCAAGGAUAUGGUGAAAUUGAUUUUGAGCUACUUGUUCAAAUGGAAUCUAAUCAAUAACUCUUUGGCAAUUGAUGAUAACAAGUUCUGGGUUGACCAGGAGAACUUGACUCCAAUUCACUUGUCUAUUAUCGGUAAGCACCCCAAAACCACCGAAUACUUGUUAAUUUAUUCAAAUACGGAUAGGUUGACAUGUUCCAAUUUACUCCUCUUGGCAGUCAGAUUGAACAGCCCUGAAAUCUUAAGUCAUUUGAUUAAGUUAGGAAGGAUCAACAUCAACUACACCGAUUUCGAACAUAACAAUGAAACAGCUCUCUACAUUGCUGCGAAAUUGAACUUGCCGGAAGUUGUUGAGUUCUUAUUGAACAACAGUGCAAACCCUGAAAUAGGGGAGAUGAUAUUUGGUUGGACACCCAUUUUUGUUGCUGCCAGUGAAGGGUUUGAAAGUGUAGUCAACAUUUUGUUGCAGCAUAAUUGCCAUUAUGACUUGGUGGAUGAAUCUGGUUGGUUACCCAUGGAACAUGCCUCGUUAAGAGGUCAUUUAGCAGUGGCAGAUUUGUUAAAACCAAAAAAUGAACAGUUGUUAUUUUACGAUAUUAGCAACCACGAGAAUAACUUACAAAGAGUUCCCGCCAGCUCCAUUCAGAAUCCCACCAGCAAUGCAUUAUUGUUGGAUGACUCGUUGGUGAUGUCUUCCACUUCUUCUAUUGACAUUUUACCUGAAUCUAACAAAAACGCCGUCAAUGAGGUGUAUAAACAGUUAAAGCAGUUUGACAACUCGUCUCAGAUCUCGGUGGAUUCAACUGCAAAUCAGAAAUCCAGAUCGAAAUCCCCUAUGAAUGUGAAGAGAAUCAAGCCUAUCAAGUCUUUCGGUCACACAUACUUGAAUAAUGACGAGUCUUUGGUGCUCAUCACCUUGGGAACCACUGACUUGAGAGACGAUAAGAAACCAAUUGAGUUGAAUGAUAUCUCGUUGGCUAAGACCUAUAUCACUGAAUUGGAUACAGCCUUGUCGUUGGUAAUUACCUGUCGGAACAAGUUGAACAAUGAGAGUAUUGAGCCUCCAGUGGUCAUCGACCUUCCGUUGGAAGACCAUCAUGGGUCAGCUACAGACCCAAUCACCUUCAAGUUGACCAACAAUUUGACUUCCAGCGAUGUGAUUGUCACGUUUGAUAUUGUCCCUACCUACCAAUAUAACCAGAACCCAGACGUUGUAUUACCUUUAAAUAAAGAAGAAACGAUUUUAGGGAGGGCUGUUGCUCUUUUGGGUGAUGUGUAUACCAAUGUGGGACCAAAAUUAAGAUCUUUACAUUCAGUUGUCACGUCGCCCAUCAUUGAGUCAAGGACUUUAAAUGUCUUGGGCAGUGUCAGAUUCGAGUUUCUAUGUGUCAAAUCUUUCAACCAUCCAAACAUGAAGAUUGGAAGAACCGAUACUUACUGGAAACAGUUGGUUUCUACCAGGGUUAUUGGACACAGAGGUUUGGGUAAGAAUGUGAGUAACAAGAAGUCCUUGCAGUUGGGUGAAAAUACGGUGGAAUCGUUCAUUGCCGCAGCUUCGUUGGGUGCUUCAUAUGUCGAGUUUGACGUCCAAUUGACCAAGGACUCGGUCCCUGUGAUUUACCACGAUUUCUUGGUGGCCGAGUCGGGAGUCGAUAUUCCAAUGCAUACGUUGACGGCCGAACAGUUCUUGCACUUGAACGAUAAUGAACCCUACAGCAACCACAAAAAACAGUGGACUCCAAGCAGAACCAAUAGUCCUUUAGAACUCGCCGAUACCAAUGGAACGGAAGUGACAUCCUUGUCAUUAAAUUCUCCCAGUGUCCAGUCACCAAAGAUCCAACCUUAUGCCAUGGACGACGAGAUUUUGAGUAAAAGAUCUAGGUCAAAAGGUGCUUACAAGUCUGUUCCGAACAUGGCAAAGAACCAUCAUUUGCACCAGUCGUUCAGUCAUGGAGAUCAUGAAAGUGACGACGAUUUGGAAAGAGAAUUGCAAGACCAGCACAGCAGAAGAAUGAAAUUGACCAAGACCUGGAAAGAUAAAGGCUUCAAAGGUAAUGCUAGAGGUUUAUCAAUUGCGUCUGAUUUUGUGACUUUAAAGGAUUUGUUUAGGAAGUUACCAAGGAAUGUUGGGUUCAAUAUUGAAGUCAAGUACCCGAUGUUGGACGAAGCCCAAGAAGAAAGUAUGGGAGAUAUUGCCUAUGAUGUUAAUCACUAUGUUGACACUAUCUUGCAAGUUGUGUACGACGAAAACCUUACUGGAAGAGAUAUAAUACUCUCGUCGUUCCACCCGGAUGUGUGUUUGAUGUUGUCGUUGAAGCAGCCUACUAUUCCUAUUCUUUACUUGACUGAAGCCGGAACCCAUUCCAUGGCAGAUAUUAGAGCAUCCUCCUUACAGAAUGCCAUUCGGUUUGCAAAAAAGUGGAAUUUAUUGGGAAUUGUGAGUGCCGCUGAAACCUUGGUCAAAACCCCUAGGUUGGCCCAGGUUAUCAAAUCUUCAGGGUUAGUGUGUGUAACCUAUGGAGUAUUGAAUAAUAGCCCAGAGAAUUGCAAAAUCCAGAUGAAGGCCGGUGUAGACGCGGUCAUUGUCGAUAGUGUUUUGGCAGUCAGAGAAGGAAUUAGAAAGGAUGUUGAGAAGGCCAACAGCGAGAGCGAAGCCAGCAGCGUCUAUUAGUUUUUAUAUGUUUUGCGUUUACCUAGUUUAUUAUACGAAAUUUAGACAUUCG